UGCAUGAGUUUUGGAGUAAUAGUAAAAGAGGAAAAAGACUGUCCAGAUAUGAUAGGUAAUUGUAUGUUACCAGCUAUUUUGAUGACAUCACAGCCUUGGUGUGUUGCAGGUUUAUGCUCUUCUUUGAGGUUUAUUUUGAAUCGUACGCUGGAAAUACAUCCGGAACAUUAUUGCCGGCAACUCCUUGGAUUUAGGGGAGGUUGUUUACAGGCUUGUGCAGAAGUUAGUGUGUGGACCAAAUUCUGUGAAGUAGAAACACUUGAAACACUAAAAAAUGUAUUCAGGGAUCGUUAUUGUAACACUGCAAAGAUAGAGUUGCCGAGAGAUAUCAUGAGGUAUGAACACCACAUGCAGCAUCCACCCAUUCUGCAUAAUGCACUCAAGAGGAAGCAGGAGUACAUCAGAAACACCGUUCAUGACAAGAACGAGCAGCAGGAACUUUGUCAGAAAAAACUUGCACAGCUUCCACAGUUAGAACACAAAUUUGCAGAAGGGUUAGAUAUGACUUUGGCUGAUGUUAUACUCUAUGCUAGUUUCCACAUAAUUAUAACAAAAUUGCAAAUAUACAUGACUUUGGAAGAUGUUAUUCCUUUAGUCAUAAAGUGGUAUGAAUUUAUAUCUAGUAAUAGCUAUAUUCAAAGGGCUUUGCCUGUUCUCCAGAAAACCUUGGCUUCAAUAUCUGCAGAGAGAAAGACCGGGACGACCUUAGAAAUUGUAAUCCCCGAAGUUCCUCACGAAAGUAUAUACAAGAGUGACCCCGAGAGGUAUAAGCCUCGCUGGAGGGCAUUUACUCAUCAAGAAGAUAUAGAAAAAGUUUUAGGGGUCCUAGAAGUGGCAGCUGUCAAACCCACUUAUGAUGUUCAUCCCUCAGACUCCAUCUCACUCUCUUGGUCCUCUUUUCCAUCUGCAGUAAGUCCACAAGAGGGUCAGCUUCCACUCUCUAGACUCCAAAGAAAAUGUCAACAGCUUGAAAAUGUGGUUUCUGCCAUACUGUCUGUUUCUAAACCAGGUGAUGUUAUUGUUGAUUUUUGUGCUGGUGGCGGCCAUGUUGGCAUUGUUGUGGCAUACUCUCUCCCAGAUUGCAAAGUGUUACUAGUGGAAAACAAGGAAGCUUCUUUACUGCGUGCAAAGAAGCGAGUUGAAACCCUGGAGUUGAAAAAUGUUGAGUUCGUGCAGUGUAAUCUUGACUAUUUUAAAGGACGUUUCAAUGUGGGUGUAUCCCUACAUGCAUGUGGAGUUGCAACUGACUUAGUAAUGCUCAAAUGCCUCCAACAAAAAGCUGCAUUUAUUUGUAGUCCAUGUUGUUAUGGGGGAGUUCAGCCUAAUCACAUUCUAGAUUAUCCUCGAAGUCAGAUUUAUCGCAACAUGUCUCUGUCAUUAAGUGAAUACCUCACGCUAGGUCAUGCUGCAGACCAAACUCAUGAUGAAAAUAAUCCCAAAACUGAACAAGGUCAGUUGUGUAUGAAACUAAUAGACACAGAUAGGUUGAUGUUGGCACAGUCACUUGGGUAUGAUACAAGACUGGUACUCAUGCAACCAAAAACUUGCUCUCCAAAAAACCAUCUCCUUAUUGGGGAACUCAAAGAAGAGUUGUUGCACAAUAUUUGAAUUUAAUGGUUAUCGUUGUUAGUGAAUUUAAUAGUCUAAUCCACUUUAAGCUCAAUUAAUUAUCCUUCUAAAAGCAGGGUACAAAACCACAAAAACUAUAGUUUUACAUGUACAGUAAUGGGUAUUCUCUGGUCCAAAAUUUUUCAAGGUUUGCUGUAAAAUUUAUAAUAUCUUAUUGUGAAUGUAUUUUAGGCUUUUCAUAUAGUAGUACACGCUUGAAGCAACAGUGGAAAAAUUUAGGAAGUGGAAGGAUGGAAUAGAGUCACAUGGACUGAGAGUGAUUGUGGCAAAAACAAAAAGUUUUGAUUAAUGGCAUAAGUGAGGGACCCAUGGUGGAAAGUGGAGAUGUGCUGUCUGUAAGGUAGGUGUUGGCAGCAACUCAAUAAUGUGCAGUGAGUGUGGAAGGUGGGUACACAAGGUGCAGUGGAAUACAUGGCAGACUGCAGGAUGUUGCUUACUUUAAGUGCUCUGUAUGUGCAGGCAAUCUUGUGGCCUUGGGAAGACUGGAGAAACUCAACAUUAGGGAUAUGCCCUUGGAUUGGAUCAGUGAGUUCUGUUACCUGGGUAAUAUGAUCAGUGCUGGAGAGGGUGCUGAAGUAAGCGCAAUUACAAGAGUCACAAGUGGUUGGAAGAAGUUUAGGGUGUUGCCUUUAUUGAUGGCAAGAGGACCUUCCCUCCACAUCAGGGGAAAGGUGUAUGCAACUGGCGUGAGAAGUGUGAUAUUGUAUGACUGAAAAAUGGGCAGUUAAAGUGGAUGCUAUACAUGUUUGAAUGAGUUAAAAUGAGAAUGGUGAGGUGGAUGUGCAAUGUGACACUGAGAGAUGGGAAACCUUAUUAAGAGCAAAGAGGGUGGCUAGGUAUUGAGAGUAUUGGUGAAGCAGUAUUCUAUGUAGUGGGGACAUGACUCGCAAAAAGUAUGUGAGGGGAAGAGAAGUGAGAAUGAACAUGAAAGAAAAAGCAAGUACAAUUUUACAAAUAUUUCUGGUAGUGGUUUAGUAAUGGUACAGUAUAAGAUUCAUAAGACUGUUUAGGAAGCUUCAGGUUGUUCACUUCAGAAAACAGAUGAACAAACUUUGCUAUUGUUUUAGAUAUCAGAUUAAAAUUUGUAUCCAGGCUUUGAGUGGGUUGCUAUGAUGUUAGAUAAUGUGUCAAUAGACAUUUUUAGCAAUGACUCCCUUGUUGAAUACUACAGUACAUGUUUUGUACUGCAGUAUUAGUUGAAGUACUGUAUGAUACAGUUAUCCCUCUUUUUACAUAAUUUCACAGAAAUGUUCUCUAUAAAUGAGGGACAAAAAUUUUAUUUUAAGAAAUCAAAUUAUCAAUAAUGAAAUCUGUCAAAAGUGUAUUUCAUACUUUGCACCACACUGCUUGAAGCUGUUUUGUCCUUUCAUUCCACGGUAACUUACACAGAAAUUAUCACCGUCUCUGUUAAGUAAAGACGUUCUGUAAUUAUGUACAGUAUUUUACUUAUUCUAUGAUUACAGCAGUCAUUAGAAUGUUUGAAAGUUGUUGAUUUUAACCAAGAAAGUGAACACAACAAUAUGGAGGCAGAGACAGCCAGGUGGUGGCUGGAAUAGCCAAUGAUGAAAUUUCCUUUGCUUACAAAUGUUUAUGACAAUGCAGCUAUAAAUUUGGGUACAGUACUGUAUAUUCAAACAAGAACACAUGAAAUUACAGUAUAUAUGUGCUUGUGUUUAUAAUGAAUACCAAAUAUCCUGAGGUGUAUCAGGUACAGUACCAUAAAUAUUUGUAAACAGAGUAACUGACACUGCUGGCCAAGAGACACAGUUGGUGAUCACUUCCUAGUGUUUCCCAUUAAACAAGAAUUUUUUGCCCCUAAUUAUGUGUAUUAAUUUUGGUUGUCAAUAGUACAAAAUAAUUAUAUUUUAUCGAAAUGUUGGGGCCUUUCACAGCAGGGUUGUAUCUCUGGCUACAUAAUACAGUAUGUAGUUGACUACAGCUACAGGGGUUUCUUUAUACAGUACAGUAUGUAAUUUUUUGACGUGUAUAAAACUUUUCAGGGUUGAAUCUACAGUAUUCCAUAAAAAGAGGGUAAUUUGUAUUUGUCUUUGUGUGUUCAUUAGUGUGAAGGUCAUUGUCUCUCAAUAGUUGAGUGUGAUAGGCUAUACCAUUCUAAUUUUUGUUCUGCUGCGGAAGUUCAGGAAGCUUCAGCUGCUGCUGCUAGUCCGUGCAGCAGCUGCUUUAUGUGACGAUUUUUAAAGGUUCAUCAUAUUUACUGUCAAAGUAUGGGUAAAUGAAGUGUUCAGUCACUAGGUGAAUUAAAAGAACUUUGAACAGUUAUUAGAAAUUCAAAUGCAGUAACUUACAUCUUUCUGAUCAAAGACCAAUUGUUGCACAAUUAGUCUCAAUUUACAGUAUAUUUGAGACUAAAAUAUGUAAUUUUAUUUUCAAUUAUUAAAUAUGAUUUUCCUUACUAUUGGGUGGAUAAUCUGAUUGAUUUAAGAAUAACAUUGAUAUUAAGAUAAUUACCAUAGAACCUAUCAAGUCCGCAUACCCGUGAAACUUACAUCUUGGUGAACUUAAUAAUUUUGUAGCUUUAUAACAUAAAUGUAUUGGACCUUGGGGUCAAGAACCCAAAAUAUGAGGUGUAUGAAAUACUUAUGUAUGGACCCAAAGGCCUUAAGCAUAAGUUAUCACGUACAUUAAACACUCUGAUACCUGUACAAACAAGUUACCUCUGGCCCUAAGAGCCUACAUUAUGCAAACAUAACAAAGAUGGAGUACAAAACCAAUUUGGGGAGUGCCCAAUCAGAGAAGUAGAGGAGUACCCGGUACCUGCUUGUUUACAAGCAUAGGAGCCUUCAUCCUGAUUACUGUACAUACUGUAUACCAAAAUAACAUGCAGGAAGUGUUCAAAACUGGCUAAGUGGAAAUCAGUGUACUGUACAUCAUUCUCCUUGGAUGAAUAAAGCUUUGCAUGGAGAAACUAGCACAAGCACCAUUCUCAUUUUUUGUCAGGAAACGCAUUCAAAGUUUGCAACAUUUAGAAAUUUAUAACAUGGAAAGUAUUAUAGUUAGAAUGUUGCAGUUUGUUUUAAAAUGAAGCUGAAUGUUUGUAAAUUAUGCAAAUAAUUUUUUGAAACGACACUGUGAACCUCACCUAACCUAACCAAAAAUAAUGUUUCCUUAAUGUUUUGUAAUAAAAGCUCACAGUAAAUGUUUUUGCUUUCCAAUCAUGAUUAUCAUAACAAAAAUAUACUCUACAUUGGUUUUCUUUCCAGAAAUUAUAAAAGAUGCCUUCAGUAUGAACCAAUAACACUAAAAAUAAUAAUAUUCAAUGAUAACUACAAAAAUUUUUGCAAUAAUAAGAAUAACCAUUAAGACUCGGUUAUGCAAAAUUGGUAAAAAUUUCACUUCGAUGAGAUGCGGACCAGAGUUAGGUUUUUGUCUAUAGACUUUUAACCAUAUGGUCAGUGGCAUUUUUGCACUCCAUCCAUCACCUCAUAAAAUAGGGUGUUUUAAGAACUGUUUGCAGGCAUAAACAUGAUUGUGGCCUGGUUGGCGCUUGUGCUAGUUUCUCCACGCAAUGCCUAAUGUGUGGUUAAGAGGAAAGUAUUGUGUGAAACUUUCUGAACUUAUGUAGAUUUCAUUAUUUUUUGUUUUAUAGUAAAAGUUUCUUCCUGAACAAUGAGCUUUUUAAUGAGAGCAUCUUAAGAGUUACGCCCCCCGUAUGCCAUUCCAACUAACUGGAAAAUUUUUAGGAUAAUUUAAACACAAAGUAAAACAUAGAAUUUAUUAAACUAAGCUAUCAUUAUAAGCAAGGAUUUUACAUAAACUUGAUAAGGUCCAUCUCCCACACCUACUUGUUUCUCCCAUCCUAAACUUCACAUUUCAGGUCCCAUAUACUCAGUGGGUUCAAUAACUGCCAGCAAAGGUAUUUUAAUCUCCAUCUAAUUUAUACUUAGCUCUAAUAAACAUUAUUUUGUGCAACUUACAUCCAUGUCUGUGAAGCCUUUGGCACCAGACUCAAAUGCUUACUUUACUAAGAUGACUUCCAGCUUUUUCAGACAUUAAACCCUCUUAAUUAGUAGGAUUCUAGAUCUCCCUCUAUUAGUAUUACAGUAUUAGUGUUAAUUAAGUGUUCACAUUCAUCCUCCAGAAGUAAAAUAAUAAAUAAUAAGUUUAAAAAUUAAGGAAAUUGUUUUUUUGUUACUGUAUCAAAGCUCUUUUUUUUUUUUUUUAAAUAUGCAAUUCGAAAGUUAUUCAAGUUAGGUUGACCUUGCACUCACUAAAGUGUUAAAAAUAUGUCCAAUAAAUAUGUUGUACAAUUAGAUUUAUGUUUUUUAAGCAAAUGAUUGUCAAAUUUUCCUGUUUUAAUGCUUAUUCUGCAAUUUAUUGCCUUUUGGAAAAUUGGCCAUGGUGGGAUACCAAUUAGCACAAAUUUGCAAGGCCAACGUGUACUUAAUAUGGUAUUCACUUGGGUCUCGAUAUGUUUGAGGGUUAUGUUCUCUAAAAACCUCCCAUAAUUUGAAUUCACAUAAAUUGAAUCCAGUACUUGGUGAUUUGGAGAAAUAUGGGAUACAGUACAUUACAGAACCUUUUCUACAUCUCCCUAAACCCCAAUUUUGGUGCAUUUUUAUAACAAUAACAUACUAAUAUAGUAUACUAUAUGAAAACAUAGAUUUGGCUGAAAAUGAUUGGAUUAACUAUUUAACUACCCGGGAGUCAUUUUGAUCAUUUAAGGCACCACAUGUAGAAACACUGCAAAGAAUCUGAACUUUCCAUCACACACGUCAUCACAGAAAGGGUUGCCACUCAUUACUCCAGGUAUUUUGUAAUGUAGUUCAAGUCAUCUUCUCUGGAGGUGUGCCCAUGGAAGUCAGGGGGUUUGUCUUAGGCACAUCUGGAAGCCUCAGAUCUGAAAAUGCAAACUAAUAUCAAAUAUACAUCUUAGGAUAAUUCCUCUUCAUUCUGGAAAAUUACCUUCUUAUCUCCAACUAAGAUCAUCACUUCACAAAUUAAGAGUACACCUUAUAUAGUAAAAAUUACCCCAAUUCAGCUGCACAAAUAAGCUUGACUUUCAGGAUCUUUAUCAACCUUCCAUCACAUCAGCCCAUGGAGUGUGUAAAACAGUAAACUUAUCAUAAACUAACCCAAUAUGUAAAGUCAUACAGUAUCAUUGUAGUAAACUAACCUUCCAUUUUGUUUGCCAGCUGCUGAUCCAGUUGUUGUGAGUCUUGGUGUUGUGCCACCAGCUGGUUCAGUUCAGCUUGUAAAACAUCGUCAUCUUCAGCCUCGGGUGAUAUCACUCCCGCCCCCAACACUGAACUCACCUCUUGGCAUUCAUCCAGAACCUAAAUAUACAAAAAACCACCAAUGCAUUAUCUCUGUUUCUAAGCCACAGUUAACUUUACAUGACAAACUCUACACUAGAAAUGUGAUAAUUUUAGUAAACAUUAAUCAACUCCUUAAGAACAACAAUACAAGAAAAUUAUAUGUUACCUUUGCAUAUUGUAAGAGCAAGUUUCCUAGUGGAAUAACCUACACACAAUUACCGGAAACACAUGUAUGAAAUUCUCAAAUAGACACACUUAUAACUUAGCUAUCAUGGUUCAUAACCAAUAAGUUAUUAUUCUUUUUCUCUAUUGACUGCAGUAUUCUCAAAAUCUAGAAAAAUAAAUAUUAAUACCCUGUACUGAUAGGUCAGACAGCAUCAGGAUUAUUCAGAUUUCUGGUUUAUUGUGCUUAUAUUCUAAGAUGUAAGUAAUUAUCACCUGUUGUAAAUCAUCCAUAGUGAUGGCAGCAGCAUCAGCUGAGGCAUCUCCUAUCAUCAUGGCACGGAGAGCCUCCACACCCACUUGAAAGGCUCCUAACACUUGCCUUUGGGAAGUAAAAAAUUCAAUAUAAAAUGAGAGACAAAGCAA